AUGGAGGACGGCACGAGCUUGUUGGGUUCGAGCUCGACCGCCGUGGCCAUCGACAAAGACAAAAAUAGUAAAUAUGCCAUGAAAUGGGCCAUCAACAAUCUCGUCCGCUCACCGAUCAUCAACAUCAUCCAUGUCAGGAACAAAUCCUCCAAAGUUAGCACUGAAGUUACCAGAGAUCAAGCAGAUGCAGAGAUAAAUCAACUGUUUCUUCCUUACAGGGGAUUUUGUGCUUGCAAAGGGAUGCAGUUGAAGGAGAUAGUACUUGAAGGCGUUGAUAUUUCGAAGGCCAUAAUUGAUUACAUCAAAGCUAAUCAUAUUCAAAACAUUGUUGUUGGCAUCUCUAAUAAGAGUUUGCUCAUGAAAAAAUUUAGACAUCCUGAUGUUCCAAGCUGCCUUAUUAAAUCUGCACCAGACUUCUGUACUGUUUAUGUCAUUUCAAAGGGUAAGCCAACCACAGUUCGAUCAGCAAAAAGUCCACCUCCUUCUACUACCUUUCCUCCUAGGCAAUUGCCCCUCCUAGCAUCUCCAAAAUUUUCACCGGACCAUGAAGAUUCAGCUAGGACACCUGCAAGGGGAAGCUGGAAAAGUUCAGCUCCAGCAACUCCUCUACAUGAAAGUACAGAAAUAAUAUCACUUGAUAGAUUACCUGAUUAUAUGAAGACAACUUUAAAGGAUUUGCCUCUUUCCAUGGCUAGUUCAAGCCCCAAUAAUCAAUUCAUGGACAAUCUCGAUUCCUCAAAUUGGCCUCGAAGGUCUACUGAUUGUAUUGACACGUUUUUAGAUGAAAUUGAUUUACCGGUGGGACUUAGCUUCAAUUCUAUGGAUUUCGGAGACUCCUUUCAACAUUCAUCAGCUUCCAUAGAUAGCCCAAGGAGUAGUCGCUCUCCCAUUGCUAGUCAAAAUCGAGAGCUUGAAAAUGAGAUGAGAAAGUUGAAACUUGAGUUAAAGCAAACAAUGGAGAUGUACAGCACUGCUUGCAAAGAAGCAAUUACAGCUAAGCAGAAGGCUAUGGAGCUUCAACAAUGGAAAUUGGAAGAAUCAAGGAAAUGUGAGGAAUUAAGGCAUGCUGAAGAAACAGCCCUUGCAAUAGCUGAAAUGGAGAAGGCAAAAUGCAAAGCCGCCAUUGAAGCUGCUGAAGCUGCACAAAGGAUUGCAGAGCUUGAAUCACAGAAGAGAAAGAAUGCUGAGAUUAAAGCGCGACGUGAGGCAAUGGAGAAGAAGAAAGCCUUGGAAGAGCUUGCUUAUAAUGAUAUACGAUACAGGAAAUACACAAUUGAUGAGAUUGAAGCUGCUAGUAAUAACUUUGCUGUUGAAAACAAGAUUGGUGAAGGUGGCUAUGGACCUGUCUACAAGGGUUAUUUGGAUCAUACACCUGUUGCCAUUAAGAUUUUGAAACCUGAUGCAACACAAGGAAGGAAACAAUUUCAACAAGAGGUUGAAGUUUUAAGUUGCAUUCGACAUCCCAACAUGGUACUAUUGCUCGGCGCUUGCCCAGAAUAUGGAUGCCUAGUAUAUGAGUUCAUGGACAAUGGGAGCUUAGAGGAUAGGCUCUUCCAACGACGAAACACCCCACCAAUUCCAUGGAAUGUUCGAUUUAAAAUAGCCGCAGAGAUAGCCACAGCACUAUUAUUCUUGCACCAGACCAAACCAGAACCACUUGUUCAUCGAGAUCUCAAGCCAGCUAAUAUCCUAUUAGAUCGAAAUUAUGUUAGCAAGAUCAGUGAUGUUGGUCUAGCCAGACUUGUCCCACCAUCUAUAGCUGAUAGCGUCACACAAUACCACAUGACUUCAGCAGCAGGAACAUUCUGCUACAUUGAUCCUGAAUACCAACAAACUGGAAUGCUUGGAGUUAAGUCCGAUGUUUACUCCCUUGGAGUAAUGCUUCUUCAACUUAUCACAGCAAAGCCACCAAUGGGUCUCACUCAUCAUGUUGAGAGAGCAAUUGAAAAAGGAACAUUUGAACAGUUGCUUGAUCCAUCAAUCACUGAUUGGCCUAUGGAUGAAACUCUUGAUUUUGCAAAACUUGCAUUAAAAUGUGCUGAAUUAAGGAGGAAAGAUAGGCCCGAUCUUGGAGCAGAAGUCUUGCCAGAGCUUAACAGACUAAGAAACAUUGGAAAUGAAUAUAAAACUAGCCACCACCAUAGUAGAACAAGGUCCAACUUUCCACCAAGACCACAUAGCUACAACAAUCCACAGACACGAGCAAGGUUGCUUAUGCAGAAGGAAAAGGUUGCAAGCAAUUCAGGUGUUGUAGCAAUGUCGAAAUCAUCAUCUGAUGGUGAUGUUCAGGAUGAGUAA